AUGGAGAAGACGGUCUUCGAAGGAGGGGGAACUCACGAAAGACGACUUAUCAGCUGGCAGCCACCACCACAAGAUUGGGUUUGCCUAAAUACCGAUGGCUCGGUCACCCAUUCUCCUUCGAGCACGGCAGUUGGCGGCAUCGUUAGGGGGAACGAUGGCCGGUUCGUUCGAGCUUUCACUAUGAACCUUGGAGGGGGUUCCAUUACCCGUGCAGAGCUGGCUGGGAUUGUGCAGGGAUUGAAACUUGCCUGGGAACUAGGGGCUAGGAAGGUUAUUCUCCAGACUGACUCUCUCAUAGAGAAGACUCUCAUCGAGACGGCUUCACAUCACCACCCGCAUUUCUUUGCCAUAGCCGAGAUUUGGCGUUGGCUUCAACUUCCGUGGCAGGUUCGGAUUGAUCACGUAUUCAGGGAGGGUAACUAUUUUGCAGACUACUUGGCUUCUAUAGGGCAUAACUAUCCGAUUGGUGUUCAUGUCUUUGAUACCACGUCGAGCGCUUUAGCCUAA